CGAUCCAGGGCCCCGCCCCCUUCUCCCUUGGCGCAUGCGUCACGCGCGGGCGCCUUUUACGACGCGGCGGACGCGGCGCUUGGCGGCCGGAGCGGGUGGACGCGUCGCGGCUGUCCUGUGCCAGAGCCACAUACUCGUGUGGCGGCGUCGCCAUGUCGCACGGGCACAGCCACGGCGGGGGCGGUUGUCGCUGUGCAGCCGAACGAGAGGAGCCGCCAGAGCAGCGCGGCCUGGCUUAUGGCCUGUACCUGCGCAUCGACCUGGAGCGGCUGCAGUGCCUCAACGAGAGCCGCGAGGGCAGCGGCCGCGGCGUCUUCAAACCGUGGGAGGAGCGGACCGACCGCUCCAAGUUUGUUGAAAGUGAUGCAGAUGAAGAGCUUCUGUUUAAUAUUCCAUUUACAGGCAAUGUCAAGCUCAAAGGCAUCAUUAUAAUGGGAGAGGACGAUGACUCACACCCCUCUGAGAUGAGACUGUACAAGAACAUUCCACAGAUGUCGUUUGAUGAUACAGAAAGAGAGCCAGAUCAGACCUUUAGUCUGAAUCGGGAUGUCACAGGAGAAUUAGAGUAUGCUACAAAAAUUUCCCGCUUUUCAAAUGUCUAUCAUCUCUCAAUUCAUAUUUCAAAAAACUUUGGAGCAGAUACCACAAAGGUCUUCUAUAUCGGCCUGAGAGGAGAAUGGACUGAGCUUCGGCGACAUGAGGUGACCAUCUGCAACUACGAAGCGUCGGCCAACCCGGCUGACCACCGGGUCCAUCAGGUUACCCCACAGACACACUUCAUUUCCUAAGGCUGGCCCGGCUCCCACAGAUGUGCUGUGUCAGUGAAGAUGUACGACUGCCUGUUGGGAAGGAGGAGAUGAGGCUCCAGCAAGAGUUGGCUGCCACAGCCUCUGCCAAGCCUUGUCCUUGGGUCUUGCUGCAGAAACCUGGCCUGUGGAAGACACUGCCCCACUGAGAGAGUGGGGUGUGUGCUGUGGGACAAUCGUCAUUCUCUAGGGCACUACAGGAAUUGGGUCUCAGGCUGGGUGGCAUCUGUCAGUCAUGGAUAAUGCUUGCUUUUCCAGCCAGAGUGGCCAUGGAAUCCCGUGUCUUGCUUUGUGGCAGGAUUUUUGCGUGACUUGUUUCUUAUAAAAUGGAAACACCUGGUGUGUAGGAAACCUGACGCCUCAGAACUGUGUGUUUGAGCCAUUAGGAGGGUCUCCAGCUAGAAACACUUGUCCCUGCUUGCUCAUCCCUGUCAUUGCUCAGCAUUCUGUCAAGUUGCCCGCUUGGAGUUGUCUGUCAUGCACAAGUGUUCCAUGGUUAGAGCCCGAAAGGCAGAAGUCUUCUGAUGACCCGUGAUAGCUUGGGGGGAAAGGUCUUCUUUCCUGCUGCCUAGCUAAGCAGUCUGGGGAGAGCAUGGGAAUCAUUUCUGUGUUUGCAGGUAUCCUGGUUGGUAUAAGAUUGAGAGUUAGUUAAGAUCCUGUGGGAACCUCCUUAAUGUUUAUUAGCUUCUAACUUGUGUUGUAAGCCCAGUGCCAGAAUUUGGAGGUCUCUUGAGUUCUUUUGUUCAUGGCAUUUAUUCACUGUGAUUAAAAAGCUUCCUAAUAAAUCCUUGCCAGACUUAA